AUGACGAUUUUUUCGCGCUUCGCAAAGAUUGGAAUUCCCGUAGCAGCUGCUAUAUUGACAGGAAGUGCUUUGGGUAACAAGCGGCGAGGAAUUUUAACAGCUUCAGCAGCAACAGUGGAUUCUGAGUAUUCACAAAAAGAUUCAUUUUUGACGGCAGAGGAUUUGCCAGAUGUUGAAAAACCUUAUAACGGCUUCCCGAGGAAUAAGUGGGAUAACAAUUGGGACAACCGUGACCCAGUAGGGAUGGUUCAUUAUGAACACCUAAAAGCUGCCAAAUCUGAGGAAGAACGGAAAACUUUGAUCAAAAAGAAAAAACCAGUAGCUGUUAGGAACAUAUUUCUUGUCAGGCACGCUCAAUACCACAUCGACAGCAAGAAAAAAGAUCUCACCCCUCUCGGGCGAGAACAGGCCGCUUUGCUUGGUAAGAGGUUAGCGGCAAGCGGUAAGAAGUUUGAUAUUUUGUACAUGUCAACUAUGGCAAGAGCUACAGAAACAGCGCAAAUAAUGCUCACAGAGAUGGAUCCUGUACAGACAUGCAGCGACUCCUUGUUGGAAGAGGGAGCCCCUUACCCACCUGAACCACCAUCUCGUACCUGGCAUCCUGCACAACAUGUAAUUUCUUUGAAUUUCUUCGCGGAGGGGUCGAGAAUUGAAGCUGCGUUCCGAAAGUAUAUUCAUCGAGCAGAUCCAAAGCAAGAGAAGGACAGUUACGAAAUUAUUGUUUGUCAUGGGAACGUUAUCAGAUAUUUUAUCUGCAGAGCUCUACAGUUUCCUCCUGAGGGAUGGUUGCGUUUCUCCUUGGGAAAUACGUCGAUAACGUGGUUAAUUGUGAAACCUUCUGGCCGGGUUAUUGUUCGUACAAUUGGUGAUAUCGGUCACUUACCGGAGAACAAAACCACCUUCACAUGA